AUGUCAGGACACUCUCUGGCGCAGGCGCGUCUGCGUGAGGAGCGCAAAGCGUGGCGCAAGGACCGUCCCUUUGGCUUCUGGGCGAAGCCGUGCGAAAUGCCAAUGCCCGCAUCUUCCCCCCAGUCAUCGUCGCAUGCUGCUGCCGCUGAUCCCGUAAGAACUGCCGCCAACGCAUCAUCCACCACUACCACCACCACUGUUAAUAAUACAACUGCUGCCACAACAGCAUCAACCUCGUCAGCGGCCGGUGCUGCCCCUGUGAAUAAGGAUGACAACAGCAAAACCACAGAGGCCACCACAACUGCGGCAGCAACAGCAAGCGCGGGGUUGAACCUGCUCGAGUGGGAGGCCGGCAUCCCUGGCAAGCCCNCCACCACAACUGCGGCAGCAACAGCAAGCGCGGGGUUGAACCUGCUCGAGUGGGAGGCCGGCAUCCCUGGCAAGCCCGGCACCCCCUUCGAGGGCGGUGAGUUCCGGUUGCUGCUGCACUUCACAGAGGACUACCCGACGAAGCCACCCAAGUGUGUCUUCACGCCGGUGUUGUUCCAUCCCAACGUUUACCCAAGCGGCACUGUCUGCCUGUCGAUUCUCAAUGAGGAGAAGGACUGGCGGCCGAGCAUCACGAUCAAGCAGAUUCUGCUCGCCAUUCAGGAGCUGCUCGACAACCCGAACAUCAAGGACCCCGCGCAGGAGGAGCCGUACAAGGUGUACAUGCGCGACCCCAAGGAGUACGAGGAGCGUGUGCGGCAGGAGGUCGCCAAACACCACCAAAAGCGGAUGGUGUAA